UACACUACUACAGUGAACAGAACUGGGUGGGUAGCUUAGCCAAUAUAUCAUGGUUUGAACUUCGAGCUUGAAAUAUAAACCUCAAACCUCAUUGCAAAAACCCUAGCGAGCGAAACCAUGGCUUCUUCUUCUUCACCUCCACAAUCCAAAUCCAAAUUCUCCGUCUACCAAAACCCUAAUCUCUCCGCAGUCCUCACCUCCAACAGUCUUCAACCUUCCAAUCACACUCUCAUCUCCAUCCUCUCCUUCUUCUCCGCUUCUGCUUUCGCCUUUCUCGCCAUUAUCCUCAGGGAAAAUGGGUUUGUUGAUAUCUUCAAAUUUCAAUGGGUUUCCUCUUAUACAGCUUAUUGGGUUGUCAAGACACUGCAAAUUUUGCUGGGGAUCGUCUGCAUUGGAACUAUGUUGGCACUCUUCAAAGUUGUGUUUUUACGUAAAACUAGAUAUGGUGGAGGCGUUGUUGCUCCUAUGGUUGCGUCGAGUUCUAAUAAAGUUGAUAAGAAUCAAAUGUGUCUUACUAAGCAUCAGUUAGAGCUUUUAGGAGUGAAGCCGAAGGUUGAUUUGGUACAACCGGAGUCAUUGAAGAAGCCGCCAAAGUCUAAACCGCAACCAGGUUCUUCUGAAUUACUUGUUCCACUUCAUCAGCCGCUUUCAAGCCCUAGUCGUCGUGUUGAUGGUGAUGGUUCGAAUUUGAAUAGGAGUGCUUCCGGUCGUUCUAUUGGCAACUUGUCGAGGUCGCCUGGUUCUGCGACUUUUUAUCUUUCUCCCGGAGUAGUAUCACCUGCACAGAGUACAGCAGGACGGGAAUCGGUAGUUUCAAGUCCUUGGUCUAAUAGGAGGGCAUCUUCUGCAAAUAAGAUAACAUCAGAGGAAGAGCUGGAACAGUUUUUAGCUGAAGUAGACGAAAGAAUAAGUGAAUCUGCAGGGAAGCUGUCUACUCCACCACCUUCGGUUCCUGGUUUUGGAAUAGCAAGCCCUAGUACAGUUACAGGAUCGGCUAGUAACUCUGGAAUUAAAAGACAUACACCAUUGAGGCCUGUGAGGAUGUCUCCAGGCUCCCAAAAGUUUAAGACUCCCCCUAAGAAGGGAGAAGGUGGUGACCUUCCUCCACCUAUGUCCAUGGAAGAAGCAGUUGAAGCUUUUGACCAUUUGGGUGUCUAUCCUCAAAUUGAGCAGUGGUGUGAUGGACUAAGACAAUGGUUCUCUUCAGUUUUGCUUAAUCCUUUGCUUCACAAGAUUGAAACAAGUCAUGUUCAGGUUAUGAACACAGCUGCCAAACUUGGUAUAUCAAUUACAGUCAAUCAAGUGGGCAAUGAUACGCUGUCUACAGGAACCCCCUCUACAAGUUCAUCCAUUGAUAAGACUCAAGACUGGCAACCAUCAGUUACCCUUAGCGAAGAUGGAUUGCUUCAUCAGUUGCAUUCUACUCUUGUGCAGGCCAUAGAGGCUUCCAAAUCCAACUCGUUUGUACCUAAUAUGCAACAGUCCCCACAGCAGGGUCCUUUAGUUCCUGUCAUGCAGGACUGUGUCGAUGCUAUCAUUGAACACCAAAGACUUCAGGCCUUGGUUAAAGGGGAGUGGGUCAAAGGUUUGCUACCUCAAAGCAGUGUUCGAGCUGAUUACACUGUGCAAAGGAUCCGAGAGCUUGCAGAAGGAACCUGCUUGAAGAAUUAUGAGUAUCUUGGUAGCGGGGAAGUUUAUGAUAAAAAGAAUAAGAAGUGGACACUUGAGCUGCCAUCAGAUUCUCACUUGCUCUUGUAUCUGUUUUGUGCUUUCCUAGAACAUCCAAAGUGGAUGCUACAUGUGGAUGCAACGUCUUAUGCUGGAGCUCAGUCUAGCAAAAACCCCUUAUUCUUGGGAGUCCUUCCUCCAAAGGAUAGGUUUCCAGAGAAAUACAUCUCCGUAGUGUCUUCAGUCCCUUCUGUGCUGCAUCCAGGAGCAUGUAUACUAGUUGUUGGAAAGCAGGGUCCCCCAAUUUUUGCCUUGUACUGGGAUAAGAAGCUGCAGCUUUCUCUUCAGGGAAGAACAGCACUUUGGGAUUCCAUCUUGAUUCUGUGUCAUAAGAUUAAAGUUGGGUAUGGAGGUAUCGUUAGGGGUAUGCAUCUAGGUGCUUCAGCUUUAAGCAUUCUACCUGUUAUGGAGACAGAAUCUGAAGAUUGAGACGUGUAUAGUUAACAAACUAUAACCCUUCCGCUAACAUUCGACAUGACGGCUCAAACUAAAGCAGUAAAUCACAUUUCUCAGAGUCAUGCUUUGAAGCAAGAACUUGCUGGAGGCGAAUUCGACAAUUGCAAGUUGAUAGAAUUGUAUCAUCUCGGUUGAAGUUAUCAUGUAAUGUUUCUGGAGGCCGUCACAAUGUCCGGCGUGAUAAUCUGGGUUCUUGUACUUUGUCAAAUAUCUAAUUCAGAUCGAUCAUGACCUAAUUUGUACUAGAAAAAACAAAUUUAAAUAGCUCACAGACACCCAUCAGACCUUUUUCGUAUAAUAGAUUUUGAAACAUA